AUGGCGCCUCUCGAUCCCAGCAUCGAUCGCAUCCAGCAGUGUCUGGACGAGGUGGCUCAGUCUAUCGGCCAGUUCCGAAACCCUUCAAUCUCGCUUAGCAACCAGGAUGCACGGUACGAAUUGCUGAUCAAGGCGAUGCGUCUGGUGCAGACCAUCCGCGGACCUGCCGAUCUGGUCUUCGCCAACUUCGAGAAUAUGGCCGGUUUGGGCGCUAUCCGCACGCUCCUCGCAGCCGGAGUAUUCGAUGCCAUCCCGGUCGGCGGCCAGGGCUCGAACGGGGUGCGCAUGAUGCGGGCGGGUACGCCCUUCGGACCGUUUCGCGAGACCGGCGAGGAGGAGUAUGCCCACACCCCCAACUCGGAGAUCUAUCUCGCUCCCCAGAUGCGUGCCGUUCUGAGUUUUAUCAACGGGCAGCUCAUGAUCCGAGGUCGGGAUACCAGGGUCGACGAAUACCGCCCGGCGAUGCUGCGCACCCACGAAUUCCUCCGCCAACACCCAACGAUGUUCGAGCACAUCUCCCAGAGUCCCGCGCGACUGACCCGACUCAACAACGCGAUGGUCGCCGAGAUCGGGCUGUACCCGUUCGUGGAGCGACUGAGUCCGCUGGCGCAGGCGGAUCAGCCGACCAUCGUCGACCUCGGGGGUAAACGAGGCCACAUCCUGCGCCAGAUCAAGGAGAACAGCCCCAGCCUAGCGGGGCGCUUCAUCCUCCAAGACCGCGCCAGUGUCAUUACCGACAAUGGGCCGGCGAUGACCCGCCAUGGCAUCGAGCCGAUGACCCAUGACUUCUUCACCCCGCAGCCUGUGAAAGAGGUCUGCGAGAUCCUCAUGCACCUGGCCGCGGCAAUGGACCGGGAGAAAUCCCGAGUCCUCAUCACGGAGACGAUCUUGCCCGAGGUCGGCGCCACCAUGGCCCACGCCUACAUGGAUCACACGAUGAUGAUGAUGAUGUUUGGAGGGACCGAGCGGACGGUCAAGGACUUCGCGCGCCUGUUCGAGGCGGCGGGGCUGCGGCUGGCCCAGGUCUGGCAGAGCCCCGGGGUGCCGAUGGUGGCCGUGGAGGCCCGCUUGGAGUGA